AUGCGUCCCAAUGCCAUCGCGGUUCUCAUGACUUUCCUCGUUGUAGGCGGGAUAGAGUGCACGGAAGCCCAUAGGGCCCCCGGAGCACAGGUAGCUCAACCGAAUUGGUACUUUCCGCGGAUAUUCAAGCGAAUGGUUAGUAGUAAGACACAGUGGAACGAUGGUUCUGACCCUGGCUUGCUCCUAAACGGCGACUUCAACAACACCACCCUUACUCAAAACUCUUCAUUGGCUACUCCAAGCCCGAAGGUCUCGUCCGCCGCUCAGUCAUUGACCGUGCAAGAAGUCGUUGCUAGGGCCAUAUCUGUUGGCCCUCAGGCUCCCAUGAUUACCCAACAUACUACUGUCGGUGGUGGGCUGAACCCUACCGCCACCACAUACACCGAAAAUAUUGAAAGUUUCAACACCGAAAUCAACAUACGAAAGAGCCUCGAGGCCAUCCUUUUCACCGCGGAAAACACGGGCAAACAAGGAUCAGCCCUUGACCUGUCAAUGAAGGCUUCGACCACACCUAAUUCAGAUUAUUUAGCCACAACCUUCACUGAUGGUCUCGGUGUCUUGGGCGUUGCUUUUAGUAGUUUAUCCAGCAUCUUCAUGUCUCCGUCUGUCCUGCCUUCCACAACGGAGUUAAUGGACAAGAGGCCGACUAUGUCCCCAAUUUCUCCUUCAACCAUUAGCAGCUCAGCCUCUAUAAUACCCACUAUAGGUAUUUCCUCAAUUUCUAUGAGUACCGAAUUUCGCGAGGCUAGCCGCUCGAAUGGUGCGAGCUUAACCACUGCAGGAAUGAGAUCAGAUCUUCUUCUUCGGGUUUUGGUCCUAAGUGAUAAGGCUUUUGCUAAAAAUAGCACUGUCACCUUGUCUUCCGACACAUCUAAUAUGCAUAAUAUUCCAAGCAGUAUCCCAACUUCCGCAAUUAGUUCCCUGCUAAAAUCUCCCGUUCCCAUUGGAGCGUCAACUUCUCGUGAUCCGCUCAAUGGUGUUUCAUCUACCGUUGAUACUAUAUCUGGUGAUAUCCCAUCAAGAACCGACAGCUCAGCCUUGGUCCCGAUCGUGCCGAUGCCCAAUACGAGUCUUAUCCCUGCCUAUUCAGCUAGGCCCGCUCCUAUCCUAGGACCCGGGGUUAGCACAACUGCUAUUAUCCCGACCCCCACCCGCUCAAUUGGACAGCCUCAUAUCACGUACUCAGCUAGUUCAGAUAAUUUCUCUGCUGCUAUCCCUAAUCCUGGCACUGGCACUGCCUCGACUACUGCCAUUGAUUCCGGCUCUAUCACUGCCUUGAGUACUGCCACUGAUCCUGGCUGGAGUACUUUCUCCGAUUCUGGCUCUGGCACUGCCUCGACUACUGCCACUGAUCCUGGCUGGAGUACUUUCUCCGAUUCUGGCUCUGGCACUGCCUCGAGUACUACCACUGGUCCUGGCUGGAGUACUUCCUCUAGAACUGCCUCGACUACUGCCAUUGAUUCCGGCUCUAUCACUGCCUCGAGUACUACCACUGAUCCUGGCUGGAGUACUUCCUCCGAUUCUGGCUCUAUCACUGCCUCGAGUACUACCACUGAUCCUGGCUGGAGUACUUCCUCUAGAACUGCCUCGACUACUACCAUUGAUUCCGGCUCUAUCACUGCCUCGAGUACUACCACUGAUCCUGGCUGGAGUACUUCCUCCGAUUCUGGUUCUGGCACUGCCUCGAGUACUACCACUGGUCCUGGCUGGAGUACUUCCUCCGAUUCUGGCUCUGGCACUGCCUCGACUACUGCCAUUGAUCCUGGCUGGAGUACUUCCUCUAGUACUGCCUCGACUACUGCCAUUGAUUCCGGCUCUAUCACUGCCUCGAGUACUACCACUGAUCCUGGCUGGAGUACUUCCUCUAGAACUGCCUCGACUACUACCAUUGAUUCCGGCUCUAUCACUGCCUCGACUACUACCACUGAUCCUGGCUGGAGUACUUCCUCUAGAACUGCCUCGACUACUACCAUUGAUUCCGGCUCUAUCACUGCCUCGAGUACUACCACUGAUCCUGGCUGGAGUACUUCCUCCGAUUCUGGUUCUGGCACUGCCUCGACUACUGCCACUGAUCCUGGCUGGAGUACUUUCUCCGAUUCUGACUCUGGCACUGCCUCGAGUACUACCACUGGUCCUGGCUGGAGUACUUCCUCUAGAACUGCCUCGACUACUGCCAUUGAUUCCGGCUCUAUCACUGCCUCGAGUACUACCACUGAUCCUGGCUGGAGUACUUCCUCCGAUUCUGGCUCUAUCACUGCCUCGAGUACUACCACUGAUCCUGGCUGGAGUACUUCCUCUAGUACUGCCUCGACUACUGCCAUUGAUUCCGACUCUAUCACUGCCUUGAGUACUGCCACUGACCCUGGCUGGAGUACUUCCUCUAGUACUGCCUCGACUACUGCCAUUGAUUCCGGCUCUAUCACUGCCUUGAGUACUGCCACUGAUCCUGGCUGGAGUACUUUCUCCGAUUCUGACUCUGGCACUGCCUCGAGUACUACCACUGGUCCUGGCUGGAGUACUUCCUCUAGAACUGCCUCGACUACUGCCAUUGAUUCCGGCUCUAUCACUGCCUCGAGUACUACCACUGAUCCUGGCUGGAGUACUUCCUCCGAUUCUGGCUCUGGCACUGCCUCGACUACUGCCAUUGAUCCUGGCUGGAGUACUUCCUCUAGUACUGCCUCGACUACUGCCAUUGAUUCCGGCUCUAUCACUGCCUCGAGUACUACCACUGAUCCUGGCUGGAGUACUUCCUCCGAUUCUGGCUCUUUCACUGCCUCGAGUACUACCACUGAUCCUGGCUGGAGUACUUCCUCCGAUUCUGGCUCUUUCACUGCCUCGACUACUGCCACUGAUCCUCGCUGGAGUACUUCCUCCGAUUCUGGUUCUGGCACUGCCUCGACUACUGCCACUGAUCCUGGCUGGAGUACUACCACUGGUCCUGGCUGGAGUACUUCCUCCGAUUCUGGUUCUGGCACUGCCUCGACUACUGCCACUGAUCCUGGCUGGAGUACUUCCUCUAGAACUGCCUCGACUACUCCCUCUGAUUCCGGCUCUAUCACUGCUUUGAGUACUGCCACUGAUCCUGACUUGGGCACUUCCUCUAGAAGUGCUUUGAGUACUUCCUCUAGCACUGUAUCUAGGACAGGCUCGGGCGGUAACGAAAACUCCAACAGUGAUGGCUCCGCCAGCAGCUCCAAGACCAAACCGAGCUCCAUUACAAUUGGUAUCGGGGUUGUAGCUGGUGCUGCUGCUUAUGGUAGCGGUAUGUUUUGGGUUGCCCGGCGCUACCACAAAAGAAAGCAGCUCCACCACAGCAUAACUUCGGCAGUUGAACAUACUGCGGGACAGGUUCUCGCUCCUGAUGGUAAUGUACCCAGACAGGGUAGCCGCAUAAGUCCUCAAUCUCGAACGAUUAGCGCUCCGGUUAUGGCGGAGAACUCAUUAGGAUGGAGCUAG